AUGCUGGGGUUCUCGACCGGCCAGCUGCUGGUCAUCCUCGGGGCCUGCUCCGUCAUGAUGAAGCCCAGCGACAUGGUGAAGAUUGCGAGGAUGGCUGGGAGGAUGACUGGGAGAGCGGUCGGGCGGCUCAUAGUGGCUCGCCGGCAGCUGGACCAGAUUCUGGGCCAGUCUGCAGCCACCCAGGUUCAUAAGGAGCUUAAAGAAGCUAUGACACAAUUAGACUCAAUUCGUUAUGAAGUCCAGAACUUAUCUAGAUUAACUCCUGGGCAGUUUAUGAUGAAGCAACAUAACACUGGCAUGGCUGAAGCAGGGAAAUCUGAUUCAUCUGAUGGUUCUGCAACUAAGCAAGAAGAAUUUCGUCAGGAAAUUCGCAGUAUAAUUCGUGAUGAAAUUAAAAACUUUGUGAGCACAACUGAAGCUAGAAAACAUGAAGUGGCUGAUGAACCAACGACACUGAAAUCCACGGACAUGAAAAUGGCUAAUUCAGGAUUGACAAAUCUGCACAGCCAAGCAAUGACGUAUGCAAGGCUAUCUGAAGCCCCAGGACUUAAGAUGGGUUCUUCCUUGAGUGGGAACUACCAAGAGCAAUUCAAGGAAAGCAAUGGGCUGCUAAAUGUAUUGCCAAUAUCAGCUGAAAGUGCCGGAUUACUUCCAAGCCGCCCAGAUGGACCAACAGGCUCAGACCUAGUCCUCGAGGCUGUGCUUGAAGCAGAAGUUGCAGAGAAUGCUAAACUGUUUGUCUCACAGCCUCAUGAUCAGUUACCUAAGGAAUGA